GCGUGUCUUGCCUCUCCUAUAUUUAAUUCGAGCUUGAUCUCAAGCAGCUUUAAGACUUAUGUCUAUUGUGACGGUGCAGUUGGGCCAAUGUGGGAACCAAAUAGGCAACCAACUCUUCUCCACCAUCUAUAAUGAUGCACAAGUCCACCAGAGGCUGCACAGAGACUAUGAUAGCUCAUCCAUCGAGCGAUUCUUCUACGCAUCACCGAACACCGCAUGUGCUCCAAUGCCUAGGGCAGUAUUGGUGGAUAUGGAGUCUAAAGUAAUACAACAAACGAUAUCGUCUGCACGGAGAUCGAAGACGUGGCUAUAUGAUGAACGAUGUGUCUACACACAGAAACGAGGCUCCGGGAAUAACUGGGCCAAUGGAUACCUUUGUCACGGCCCAUCGGCUUGUGACGAUAUUUUGGAAAUGGUGCAGAGGCAAACUGAGCGAUGCGAUUCAUUGGCUGGUUUUCUUGUCCUGAUGAGUGUUGCCGGGGGUACGGGAUCAGGCGUGGGGGCGAGGGUCUCUGAGGAGAUAAAGGACUCGUAUCCAAAAUCUGUUUUAGCCAAUCAGAUAGUCUGGCCAUACGACUCGGGGGAGGUGAUUGUGCAAGAUUACAACACAUUAUUGACGACUGCUCAUUUACAGAGAGUGUCCGAUGCAAUACUGUUGUUACAGAAUGACCAGCUGCACAAAGUGUGCUCGAAACUGUUGCGACUGAAAGAGAUCACGUUCAAAGAUAUCAACUCUGUUGUCUGCCAUUCUCUGGCAAGCGUUUUACAACCUUCUAUACGGUUUGAUCACCACAAUCAAAUAUCAUCAUCGGCACCUGAUUCACUGCUCUACAACAUGUGCUCUCUGACUGCAUUGCAAGAAUCUCUUUGCCCCACUCCCAGUUACAAGAUGUUAUCGCUGAAAACCAUCCCUCAAAUUCCCGAACGAUCUCAUGAGUACACUCACUACCUUUGGUCCGGUUUGUUGAAACAUCUUCGUCAAAUGCUCAUUACCAACUCCCCAAUAGAAGAGGGGAUGGACUGGGCUCGUGAUAUUGGAGUACAAAGGCCGUCAAGACCAACUAAUCCGGAACAGUAUGCAAGUUUGUGCUCCCCUGAUCACUUCAACACAAGUUUAGCGAAUUUGAUUGUGCUACGCGGGAAUGAAUUGAACGCUGUCGAUACUUCAGGCUUUACCGAUCCACGGCUGUACUCAAACAGUGUCCCCCAGUCCUGCACAUGCUCAGUAUGGUGCAGUAGCCUCGGUUUUAAUGGUUAUGAGAAGACCUGCACUUUGGUAUCAAACAGUCAAAGUUGCAUUCGACCAUUGAACUCUGUGUGCAGGAAAGCAUGGAACAUGUACACUGCCAAGGCUUAUGUGCAUCAGUAUGAGAAGUAUGGACUUGAUAGUGAGGACUUUUUAAGUUGUUUUGUUACUAUGGAACAGCUUAUUAAAGACUAUGCAGGUUUGCAGUUGUGAA